AUGUCGGAUAAAGAAAGUUCGCACUCGGACAUGGAUCAUGAACAAACCAAGCAGACACCGCCAAACUUCGCUCAAAAGCGUGGGAAAAAAAGAUUAAGAAACAGUCCUGGGACAGAGCUGGAUAAAUUUAAGGAAGAAAUGAGACAGAUGAUGACAGAUCUCAAGGUUACACAGGAAAAAGAGCUCAAAAAAAUUAACCCGAAUUUGCUCGAAAUAAAAACGUCAAAUGCAAAGAUUGAAAGCUCUAUUAGUUUUCUAACAGCACAAAACGAAGAGUUAAAGAAAAAAAUUGACAACCUUGAGCAGGACAGGCGGGCGGACAAGGAGUACAUAAAUCUACUCGAAGAGAAAAUUGAAGAUAUGUCGCGCGAAGCCCGUAAGAAGAACCUAGAAAUUAAAAAUGUCCCUAAAUUGGAAAAGGAGACGCGGGGAGACUUGAUUAAUAUGGUAACUAAGCUGUCCCAAAAUAUAGGCUACACAAUAGCACCUACUGACAUCUCAGACAUAUAUAGAGUUCGCAGCCGACAAAGUGAUAAACCGAAUUCGCCCAUCAUAGUGGAAAUGGUCUCAGCCAUCCAAAAAACUGACUUUUUAUCAAAGUGCAAAGAGCACAACACAGUGAACAAAACUAACAAACUAUGUGCUAAACACCUAGGCCAUAGUUCACUUGAUACCCCUAUUUACGUUACGGAACACCUGACAGCAAAAGCAGCACGUCUUCGAUUUCUGGCACGUGACUUAGCUCGAUCGAAAAGCUACGAGUUCUGCUGGACAAGUAUGGGCAAAGUCUUUGUUCGAAAAAGCAAAACAUCGUCUAUAAUUCUUAUAACAAACGAGUCGCAGAUACAGAGACUAUUUCAAGAAUCCUGA